AUGGAAAACAGCGUCAAAAAACCACUUCUUUCCCCCGUAAAAUAUGAUCAAAUCCCAGAUUCAUCAGUUCAAGAGUAUUCAGUUCAACAUUCAAUCCGCUCUUUUACUUCAUCUUUCACCGCCGACGAAAAUGACAUCCCUCCAAUCAACGGCGUUCGAGUUUUCAUUGAACAGUUUUGUAUUGAGUCUAGGAAACUCUGGUACCUUGCCGGUCCAGCCAUUUUCACUUCCAUUUGCCAAUACUCCCUCGGCGCCAUUACACAAGUCUUCGCCGGCCAUAUUGGCACUCGCGAACUGGCUGCUUUCUCUGUCGAAAACUCUGUCAUCGCCAGUUUUUCUUUCGGAGUCAUGUUAGGAAUGGGAAGUGCACUGGAAACUCUCUGCGGACAAGCCUAUGGUGCUGGACAAUUCGACAUGCUAGGGGUUUACAUGCAAAGAUCAUGGAUUAUCCUUCUCACAACUGCAUUUAUUCUAAUGUUCUUGUACAUUUUCGCGCGGCCACUUCUGUUAUUUAUAGGCCAGACGCGGGAGAUAUCACAAGCUACCGGAAUAGUUUCGAUUUGGAUGAUACCUCAACUCUAUGCAUAUGCAAUGAAUUUCCCAAUAGCCAAAUUCUUGCAAGCACAGAGCAAAAUGAUGGCCAUGGCAUGGAUUUCUGCCAUAGCUUUGGCUCUUCAUACUUUAUUCAGCUGGCUGUUUAUGCUGAAGUUGGGGUGGGGGAUGGCGGCCGGGGCAGUGGUAUUGAACUUAUCGUGGUGGUUUAUAGUGGUGGCGCAGCUGGUUUAUAUAUUCAUGGGGUACUGUGGUAGAGCUUGGACUGGAUUUUCAUGGAAGGCCUUUCAAAAUCUGUGGGGUUUUGUUAGGUUAUCCCUUGCAUCAGCAGUUAUGUUAUGCUUGGAAGUGUGGUACUACACGGCUUUACUCCUAUUUGCUGGAUAUUUGAAGAAUGCAGAACUUCAAGUUGAUGCUUUAUCCGUAUGCAUGAACAUUGUGCUAUGGGUAACCACAGUAGCCAUUGGAUGGAAUGCAGCAGUAAGUGUAAGAGUGUCGAAUGAACUAGGGGCUGCUCAUCCAAGAAAGGCCAAAUUUUCAGUGGUGGUGGUGGUUGUUUCUUCCUUCACGAUCGGCGUCGUCGUCGCCAUCUUUCUCCUCAGCUUCAGUGAACAAUAUCCUUCAUUAUUUGUAGAUAGCGUUCAAGUGAGAAAACUUGUGUCCCACCUCACUCCAUUGCUUGCAUUUUGCAUUGUCAUCAAUGCUAUUCAACCCGCUCUAUCAGGAGUGGCCGUUGGAGCUGGAUGGCAAGCUUUAGUUGCUUAUGUGAAUAUUGUAUGCUACUAUUUGAUUGGCAUUCCUUUGGGACUCGUAUUAGGGUUUGUAGUAAACUGGAGUGUUCGGGGUAUUUGGUUUGGAAUGAUAUUUGGAACAAUAAUACAAACUCUCGCCCUCUUUUAUAUUGUUUACAGAACCAACUGGAAUAAAGAGGCUUCUGUUGCGACCAAAAGAAUCAAACAAUGGGGAGGAGAUGAUGAUAAAGUGCAGAAGGAUGUAGAGAACUUAACGGGGAGCAAAUGA